AUGAAUUUGAGCGCACAUUCGUCGAACGAGGCAACAGUAGGCCUAACUGCAGUACCGCAGCCGGAGGAAAUGGAGCGAGACGAAGUGCGGAGAAGCACCGAAGUAACCGAUGAAGGCGGAAGCAGUUUCAAGCACAAAUUCGAAUCAGGCAGCAACAUGCUCCAACGCUUCAAAAGGGAAAUUUUUGAUGAUGGGACGAAGGAGCAAAGCUCAACCGACGACAGCAGCCAGCAAAGCUCGGCAAGUUUGCAAACCGUUAACGAAAAUCUUACUGAAGGGUCACUCGAGGCACCAGACAACCCUCCCGAUGGAGGGUACGGUUGGGUAUGCUGUUUGUGUGUUACAUUAAUAAUGUUUUCAACAUGGGGUGCUAACUCAGGGUUUGGCGUUUUUCUAGCAUACUAUUUCAAUAAUGGAGUUUUCGAAGGCGCAAGCAAGUACGACUAUGCAUUAGUGGCAGGAAUGACGGUGGCUUUUGGACAGGGCUUGGCCCCUUUUGCUAUGUUUCUGACGAGGAUUCUUGGCUGCAAGCCACCCAUGUACACUGGGGUUGUCAUGCUAUUUUGUGGAUUUCUCCUAGCUUCCUUUGCCAAAAAGCUGUGGCAACUUUAUCUGACCCAGGGAGUAUUAGUUGGAGUAUCAAUUGCGCUGCUUUAUGCGCCGGCUACAACGGUUAUACCGGGUUGGUUUUUGAAAAAGAGAUCUUUAGCAAUUGGGAUGUCUUUAAUAGGGACUGGAGCUGGGGGUGUAACUUAUUCUGUUUCAGUCAAUAAGCUUAUUCAAGACAGCGGUGACCAAACUUGGGCGCUUCGCAUGAUGGCUAUUUCUUGCACUAUAACAUGCAUCGUCGCUACGGUGCUUAUUAAACCAAGAAAUCCUCCUAAACCAACUUACUUUAAUUCGUGGUCUGAAGUGAUCAGAGAAUUCAAACUCAUCUUUUCUACUCGAGUGGCUAGAAUAUACAGUGUUGACCUAGUUGCGGUAUGGUUUGUGUUCGCCUUAUUUGGCUAUAAUUUGAUGGUUUUCACGUUAUCUCCGUACGCAGUGGCCAAAGGUCUAUCAGCGCAUCAGGCAUCAAUACUCACAACGUGUCUAAAUGCCGCGCAGACGGUUGGUAGGCCCAUAAUGGGCUAUUUAGGUGACAGAUUCGGCAGAAUUAACACGACAGCCUUGUUGACGACUGUUUUAAGUACGUUCAUGUUUGCAUUCUGGAUUCCAUGUCACAAUUUCAUCCAAUUGCUAAUGUUUUCCAUUUGUAUCGGCUCGUGCGUAGGUGUAGGAAACGUAAUGAGUACAGUAUUAGUCGCCGAUGUUGUCAGUCCAGCUGAUUUUUUACCUGCAUGGGGCCUAGUGAACUCUCUGGGAGCACCCUUUCUGUUAGAGUGCGAGAUAAUUGCCCAAGCUCUAACUGACACUAAGAAUCCUAGUAACCCGUACCUUCACACGCAAAUUUUUGCCGGACUGUGUUUUGUCUGUGCUUUAGUUCUCAUGCUUGUUUACCGUGAACUUAGGGUACGGAAUUGUCUGCAAGAGCAGUUGGAAUCACUUCCGAAUCCCCGAAUGCAAUAUUCAACGGAUCAAGAGCAACAAAAAAACUAUAAAAACAGCGCUUCAGAGAAAGAAUAUUUUGAAUGUGCAGAGAUUUUAACUGCAAAUCCCAUAAACUUUUUUCGGCGCAUGUUUUACCCCACAAAGAUUUGA